GCGCAUAAGCAGCGCAGUUACAAAACACUUGAACGUCCACAGCGUGCGACGCCAGCAUGACGUCAUGACGUUGUUGCUGGCGGUAUUUUUGUUUGGCAUAUACAGUGUUCAGUGCCAAAUUCGGGUGAAGCAUUCACUUAAAAGAAAAGCUAUAGAUGCACAUCUGUAGACUCCAGCACCAUCAAAGCAGAGAGAAAUGGAGCAGGACGCCCAGUCCUCUCAGUCUUCAGAUGGUGCUGCAAAAGCAGUGUUGUUAGAGGAGUGCGAGGAGCAGUUUGGACUGCUACAGAAGCUUCAAAAUGAGAUAAUUCUGGCAGAUACAGAGGCUAAUGAUGAUCAGUCAAAUGAGUCAGUGAAUCGCCUGAUUGCAAUCACAUCUGAGCUAGAGCAAUGGCAAGAAAUGGAACCCAAAUUGCUGACAACAAGUCCUGAAGUUUUGUUAGCGGUUGGUAAAGAAGAAUUGCAAAGACUCAACAAUCAACUUAAAAUGGUCCUGUCAUGCUCACAAGCAAAGCUGGAUGCCCAGAAAAAGAUUUUGAAAAGGGAGCAGACAUGGCAGGCAGAGAAGAAAGAAGCGUUGAAUGCAGUGUGUGAGAAAAUCAUGAGAUUGCAACGUGAAAACGAGAAAUCCGAGCACAGUGUUUUGCAGGAUAUGAAGAGAAAAAUUAACAAUCUGAAGGACUAUCACAGCAGCCUCAUGGAAAUGCUGAGUGACAUGUUAGCUGAGCACUUCCCACUUCCUGAUCACCAAGGAAACGGCACAAAGAAAAAAAGAGCUGCUGCAUAUGAUGCAGAGAUUAACCUGAUUUCACUGAGUGAGAUUAUCGAGAGAUUGACCAAUAAAACAUUAGAAACUCCUCAUGACCCUUAUGUGACUACUGAUGAUACUUUCUGGCCACCAUACACAGAAAUGCUUCUUCGCAAUGGUAUUGCAACACGACAUCCAGAAGAUUGCAAUAAAAUCCGUCUGGAAAAUUUUUUUUGAAUCUAAAGAGCACUUACCUGAAUCUAACAUGAAAAUUAGAUUUUGUAUGUCUACAGUUAAAUGUCAAUGUCUAUUUUUUCUUUCAAAUUUGCUACAUUUUUAUAUGAAACUUUGCCAUUGUGGUAUUUCAUUGCAGAUGGAUGCAUUUUUGAGUUAUGUGUUAAGUCCACAACUUAGAAUGCAUGUCUCUCUUCUAAAGUGUUGGCGGUUGUUUUUACUUUAUGCAUGUAUGUACAUGUCAAAAACUGAUUUUUUAAAUGAUGACUUAAAUAAAAUAACCCUAAACAUACAUUAUGGCCUUUAAUGGGUAAUAGAUUCAAAAAGGUUUACAAACCCACGCCA